CAGUCUCACUGACUUAAGAUUGAGACGGCUAAAACAUAGGAACGGGGAAAUCCAAACCCAUUUAAAAAACACACGAUAUAGAAAAGAAGAAAAUAAACAUUUCAGAAUUAAAUCGUGGGAAAGAUGCCGUUUACCCAGACUGAGGUAGUACGGUGUCAAAGAUGAGGGGUUGCAACAUCCCAGACAUCCAUCUAUUCUCAUUCAAAAAAACAAUAUCAACAUGAUGUCAACUUUGAUGGACACACUGCAACUUGAAUACACAUCAUCGGCUCGGAUAUUCUCUUGGUGUACAGAAGUGAUGAAAAUUUUGGCUGUUUCUAUUGAUUGACACUGGAAAAAAUUCCCAGGGUUUUUCUGGUUGACGUUAUGCUUAUUUCAGUGCCUACAAUUUAUAGGAAUCCAACAAAUAAAGGGCUGCAAUUUUCAUUGAUCAGUUCAUUGAAGUUAAAGGACAUAAAGGAUCAAGAAGAAAGACCUUGAGCACUAUCAGUUUCCUAUCUUAAAUCAAGAGGACGAGUCAACCACCGCUCAAACACUGAUUGUUCAGAUACCAACCAAAGGACAAUGUGGGAUACCCGCUAGAUGGGCUUGUGAUUGGAAGCAAAGAAGGACAAGAAAUACCUGCGCUUACCCAACUACAGUGACGGACCAAGAAUAUUGACUUGAGGCAUUGGGUUAAACUAAGUCUGCAGAGAGAGUGGGGUACAUUGCCUGGAAUUAUGGCCACAGAGAGCCUUGUUGAACUCCGCGAUUGGUUGUUCCUACUUCUUCUAUGCCUGACAUUAUUGGUUGAAGUUCUCGAGUUUGCAGCAGCAACUGCUGCCGCUGCAGAGGCAGCUCUCGGGGAGGCGGAGCUUCAGGGAGACGUGCCAUGCCCCUCAGCUUGCAGGUGUGAUGAUGGGUUCAUUUACUGCAAUGACCGUGGCUUGAGCAUUAUUCCUCCAUUACCAUUAACGGCAGCUGUGCUAUAUCUCCAAAACAACCGCAUAGACAAUGCUGGGCUACCAACAUCUUUAGAGCGAAGACUGACUGUGAGAGUAGUUUACCUUUAUGAUAAUGAACUUGAUGAUUUCCCAACACAUCUGCCUCCAUCACUACGGGAACUUCACCUACAGGACAAUAAUAUACGAACUUUACCCCGCUCCGCUCUUGCACGGCUCCCCUUGCUAGAGAAGCUUCACAUGGAUGACAAUUCAGUUUCAACCGUAAGUAUAGAAGACAAAGCAUUCGCCAACAAUCCGAGGCUGCGUCUUCUUUUUUUGUCACGGAACCACCUCUCAAGUAUACCAUCAGGACUGCCUGCAUCACUUGAGGAACUCCGACUAGACGACAAUCGGAUUUCAACUAUUCCGACGCAUGCAUUUCGAGGUCUCUCGUCUCUAAGACGCCUCUUCCUCGAUGGAAAUCUGCUGGCAAAUCAACGAAUUGCAGAUGACACAUUCUCACGGCUGUCUAAUCUCACAGAGCUUUCUCUGGUUCGUAACUCGCUCCAGGCACCACCAUUAAACCUUCCAAGUAUGCAUCUCCUUCGCCUCUAUCUACAGGACAAUGCAAUAGCCCACAUGCCACGCGGCUCCCUGGAUGGCAUGCGAAGACUACAGAAACUGGACCUAUCAGGUAACAACUUAACGACUCUUCCGAGGGGAUUAUUCAAGGAUCUAGACAGCCUUUCACAAUUACUUGUCCGAGGAAAUCCCUGGUACUGUGGCUGUAACCUCCGCUGGCUUCAUGACUGGUUGCAUGAGCGAGGUUCAUCAGUGACUGUGAGAGGUUUAACUUGCCAUGGACCAGAGAGACUGAGAGGCAUGGUACUAAGGGACCUUACCAGUCAAUUAGAAGACUGUGAGAUCAGUGUAGAUACUGCAGGAGGAGUGGUUGGAAAUGAUGGAGCAAAAAAAGAGAAAGGUUAUUUUCCAACACAGCCCCCAGUUACAACAACCCCUCCACUUCCACAAGGAUCUCUCUUUACCCUCAGAUCCAGACGACCAGGACACAAGUAUUCUGAUAUGGGCCAGGACAGUCUUGGAGGCGGAAAUGGGGUUACUGAUAAAUUGUUGCUAAUCAGUGUAAAACCUCUCACACCAGAGACAGUCCACAUUACUUGGCAGGCUGCACAGCCAGUUCCCUCUUUCAGACUUUCCUGGUUGCGACUAGGCAACAGUCCUGCAAUGGGGUCAAUCACAGAAACACUUGUGCCAGGGGACCGCCGUGAGUAUUUACUUACGCAACUACAACCCCAGUCAAGUUAUAUAAUCUGCUUGGUGCCUCUCUCUGGAAAUGAUGGUAAAAGAACCUCUUUCACGGCAACUGGUGGGUUAAACAUAAACACAAACUCAGAGCAUGAGCCUCCAGCUUGUGCCAAAACAGAGACAGAUCCCCUAGAGCAGCCUAUUUUAGACCAGGACAGUGAUCGGGGAAAUGACCAACUGUCAGCGCUACCACUUGCUGGAAUUAUUGGAGGUGCAACAGCAUUGGUGUCUUUGUUCUUAAUUUUUGGCAUCUUCUGCUGGUAUGGACACCGUGCAGGGUACCUUGCACCAGGUGAUCACUCUAUAUACGGUAGAGAUGUAGUUGGAUCAAGAGGUGCCAGCAAACAUUACGAUGACUAUGUUGAGUCUGGAACCAUAAAAGACACGUCCAUCUUAGAAAUCAGGGCUCACGGCUUUCAAAUGACACCAAUGUCUGCCCAACAGCCUUUGCAGCCCAAGGCAAAAGUUGAGGAUAUGACAUACAUCCAUACUAUCUUUCCCUCUAAUAAUGCAACUCUAUAUAGGAGCACCCUGAACCACACAGGAAAUCCAGGCUAUGGAACAAAUCGAGGAUACAGAGAAGGGGGAAUACCAGACAUAGAUUAUUCAUACACGUGAUAGCCUUUUUUUAUAACCCACUGCCUAUUCUGUUCCUUUCUUUAGGUAAAGCAGUUGGGUGAGGGUUUCUUUUCCCUAGGUUCUAAAGUAGGGGUGUGCCGAUUCUAAGGGGACCAUCUUUCCCCAUUCAUCACACACAAAAUGUUUUUACUGGGUAGAAGAUUUCAAAUAGAUUUGAAAUGAAAAUAUUUAUAUUUAAAAUGUCAGUUUUCAUAUACCAUUGGAGAAUUGGACAUUACAAGAAAAAAAAAUUAUUCACUGUUCAAAAUCAGGAGUUAAAGGAGUAAGUUCACCCAAAAAUGAUAAAUCUGUUAUUAAGUACUCACCCCCAUGUCGUUCCAAACCCGUAAGACCUUCGUUCAUUAUUGGAACACAAAUUAAGAUAUUUUUGAUGAAAGCCGAUGGCUCAGGAGGGGCUCGAUUGACGGCUAUUUAAUUAACAUUUUGAAGGCCCAGAAAGGCAGGAAAGACAUUGUUAAAAUAGACCAUGUGACUACAAUGGUUUAACCUCGAUGUUAUGAAGCGACGAGAAUACAUUUUGUGCAAGUAUUCUCGUCGCUUCAUAUAAUUAAGGUUGACCCAUUGUAGUCACAUAACCUAUUUUAAAAAAAAAAAAU